UGACCAGUGUGCCGGGCGGGGCCAGCCCUGUGACGUCACACCGCAAAGCAUGCUGGGAGAGGAAAACUCCAGGAACCUGAGGGAAAGAGGAAGUUCUGCUGGAAACGUCCUGUAAAGAGGCUCUGAUGUCCGGACAGCGGGAGGGAGAGCCCCGGCAUGAGGAGGAGCAGGUUCCUGUGAUUAUAGGAUUGUACGAUGACAUCAUCAGUACCAGAUAAUGGAUGGAGACGGGGACAAGAUGGCGGAGAGGAUGUUAGAUCUUACCCUAGAGAUACUCUUCCUGCUUACUGGAGAGGAUUACUCCACGGUGAAGAAGACGUCUAGUAAUCUGAUACAUGAGAAGAACAAUGAGAAGAUCCUAGAAGUCGUCCACAAGAUGAUGGAGCUGCUGACUGGAGAGGUUCCUAUAAGGUGUCAGGAUGUCGCUGUCUAUUUCUCAAUGGAGGAGUGGGAGUAUUUAGAAGGACACAAGGGUCUGUACAAGGAGGUCAAGAUGGAGGAGGACCAGCCCCUCACAUCUCCAGAGAGAUCCAGUCAGUGGACUACACCAGAGAGAUGUCCGCGUCCUCUCCUUCCACAAGACGGUCAGGUAAUGGAGAUGUCUCCUCCUCUGUAGGAGGACGCCUUGUUUUAUCCAGUACUAUUCUAGGUUUAUACUGGUGUAAUGAGCUGGAGAUGGCGGGAUUACAGCCGACCACAGACGCUCCAUGUUCUCUGCUUCUUCCUACAAGUCUCUGGCUAUGGAGACCACUGGUGGGAAUAAGGAACCAAUAGGUUUAUGUCUCCGAGAGGAACGAGUCCGGACGCGUCUGGUAGAAGCCGAUCUCCUCCACGGAAACCACCUGCAGCAUGUCCGGCCGUGCUGAGGAUGCAUGUGUACAAGGUUAUUGGCUGUGAGCCGCCAUCUAAUAUCCAGGUCCAUCCUCUGGGAGACCUGCAGCCAUUAGGCUCAGACGACGACUGUUGUCGGGUCAUUUGUGGUUGUCAUGAUAAUUAAAGGG